UUCGUGUCCGUUUUGUUAACGUAUUUUAACGGCUUCCUGAAUCCGAAGACGGUUGAACCGUCCUAGAGCUGGUAUGAUCGUUCCGCUCACCGGUCUAGGCUGGACUUCGUCUAAUGUGCCGGUUGCUAGCUGGAUUCCGAUCACAACAACUGUGGAAGGAGCACCUGCUAACUUUGGAAAGGGAUUUUCACAGAAAUAUGGCUAUUACCUCUGCUUUACUUUAUCUAUAAACAGUUCGAAUCCAACUGGAGAUGUAUUAUAUGAUGUGAUGAUCCUGAGUGAGAAAUCACCACUACCUUCUGGAUAUACCUAUGCUAAAGAAUUUCUGGAUCCAAAAACUUCCAUCUCCAAGAAGAAGAGGCUGUGUGUCAAGCUGAUCCCAAUGGGUGCGGCAGAAACAGCUGUGUGUGACAUCAUUCUAAGCAGCAAGAGCAGAGUGGUCCCAAAUUACAUACGUGUUGGGGAAAUAAGUGGUUUUGCCCUUUGGUGUAAAAAGGAACACCUACUCAAGCCUAAACCCCUUCCCAAGCCGAGGAGCUUCAGUCUAGAAAUGAACCAGCUUUCACUAGAGACAGCAAAUGUAGACCCUCCAUCAGAAAAGCCAUUCGGUUCCAAAAGGCAAGCUACCAUUAAGAGACAUGAAUCUAUAUAUGAUGCAUCAAAUGCCUGUAGUAUUUCAGCCAUAGAUGGGGUCCCUUUUACUCUGCACCCCAAGUUUGAGAACAGUGUCACUCGUGGUACCACUGCCCAUUCUCUAUUUAAAAAUUUCCACAUCAAGUCUCUUGCUGACAUUGAGAAAGAGUAUGACUACAGUUUUGUAGUUGAAAGAACUGCAGCUGCGAGACUCCCACCAAGCAUUUCAUAGCAUCAGUCAUUUCCUUGAGAGUUACUGCCAUGAGGGGCUUUUGGACAGUCAAGCUGACUCUGCUAAGAUGAUGAAGUACUUGCCUCAAUGGGAUGGCGCUAUUGGGGGCACUGCUUUAGUAGUUGAAACUAGUAUAAUUAUAAUUGUGCCGGUACUACAUUUUGCUACAGGUAGGAAUUGAACUACUUUUGUACACACUUUUUCAAGCAUCAUAUCUAUUUUCUAUGUAAAGCACAAUUUGUUAAAAAUAGAGGCUUAUUCUAUGGGCAAAGUUAUUUCUGUACUUCUUUCUGGCCAUUUCAAAUAUUCUGAAAUGCAUACUGCUGCCAAUAAACUAUGAUUUUUAUGAAAAAUGA